AUGUAUGAACAAUACGCGGAAGCGCACGACGUAGAUGGUCGGAUGGAUGAUCUACGGAUUGAUCUGUCGAUCAGUUUCUUUUUCUUUUUUCAGCCAAAAAGGUCUUCGGGCGUGCCACAUGGAGCAGAAAGUGUGGAAGAGCUUGCUGCGGUAUCACUAAAGAAUCCAGUGAAAUUGUUCAUCAACGAAAAUACCGAUACAUCGUUGAAUCUGCGACAAGAAUUUGUGCGUAUCCGAGAAAAUCAUGAAAAUGAUCGUGAAAGUAUUGUUGCCGGACUUGUAACACGGAACUUUCCGGAUCAUACAAUUGUUUUCGUCCAGACGAAGAAGGCUUGUCAAAGAUUACAUAUUGUGUUAGGUCUGCUGGGCGUAAAGUGGUUGUACUCUGGUGAUAACCAGGAGUUCAGUUAA